CAGGCUUGGGACAAAAGAAUUAAGUGCAUCUUCAAGCUAAAAGACCUCGAAAAGAACGUUCCCCUGCACAGAGAAUACGACAAUGACAGAGCGAAAGUUGAAGCGUUCGAAUGCAUGCUGUAUUUAAUGUACGCAGAGACCCCCAACAUCCACCUUCCCGACACUCGAAUCGACCAAUAUUUCGAGGAAAGAUUAUGGAAGGUGAUGACCAGUGACCUCUGUCUACGUAAUCCCACAUUUAGUAGCUAUGUCCUCUAUUACGCAGAUCGCAGAGAAUAUUGGGCUAUGCCGUACAGAAAUCUGGAAGCUCUUGCUGGGGUCAGAACAAACAAUGGAAUAGAGUCGCUUAACAAUGUUUUGAAACACAGAGUGUUUAAUGGCGUAUCCGCCCAUCGUUCCCUUCCUCAGCUGCUAGCCUCUCUGGUUUUUGACUUUAUCCCAAACAGGCUGCAGACGUAUAGACACAAGAUGAUAUCAGACUCCGUGAGUUAUAAGAGGAUCGUUUCACAGAACCAUGUGUUACCAUCAUUCUUUAAUGGUAUCCCGUCUAAGAAUCUCAUCUUGGUGAAGGAAAGUUAUUUUCGAUCCUUCGAAAAAACUAAAGACGACAUCAGGAAACUGGGUGACCAAUAUGUUGUCAGGACAAAGGAUUCUGAAGGAAAUCCCUUCGCGUACAAGGUAUCUCUAUCGGAAGAAGUCAGGUGUGACUGCAUUAAAUUCCGUGGCACACCGACGUUACCGUGCAAACAUGUGCUAGCGAUUUUGAGAAUAUAUGAAAUUGACUGGACGCAACUCCCGACCACAUUCAGACUAAGUCCUCAUCUCAGCGUCGACAGCACUCUAGGUAGAAACGUUUCUACUGAGUUACCUCAGCAAGUUUAUUUUGGCCCCGACCGUGACCAUCAGCUGCCGGAUGAAGAUGAGGGAUCAUGCACUAAUGAACCAAUCGAAGUAAUCGAUCAAUCGUGUUCUAGUGAGGAGGUACCAGGCCCCAGUACUGCAGAUAAGGAUCUUGACUUUAACAAGUCAUUUAGCAUCUUAAGUGACCUCAAGACUCAAAUGUUCAGGAUUCCUGCAUCUAAAAGGGGAGAACUCCUCAAACUUAUGGAAGACACUGUUAGAGACCAGCUUAUACCCUCGGUUCGGAAGCUAGGAGAAAAUGCCCAAAUCCGCCGAGACGAUUUUGCAGCCACUUUACCAAAGCCAACAAAGAAAAAGCGGAAACUAUUUCCGAAAUACACUGGUCAACACAGCGAUAGUGAUUUCGAGUAAAAAUUUAUGACCAUUCUGCCUUUAUAAUUAAUAUUAUAUCCAUGAUGCACUGUUAUAUUGAGCACAAAAAAUAUCUUUAAUUUUGAAACUUUAGGAUUUGCGAUUCCGCUUUUUCCUCGUUUGAUUCGGUAAAGAGAACAGAGAAGACAGAGAAUUAACAUUUUGUUGUUUACUAUCGGAUACGUGUUUGGCGCUCAGAAUUAAAUUGACUAUAUAAUUCGGCCGGUUUUGAUGAGCGAGUUCAUGCUUCUGCCACGUGUUUUAUUUUGCAAUCCAACUGCAAUAGAGAAAGCCUCACUGAAUUAGGCACUUAUAGUUGCACUAAUAUAAUAAUAAUAUGAUGCGAUGGAUAAUUUCAUUUAGAGAAAUUUAGAGAUUUUUAGAUAUUUAGUGAUAUUAAAGUUGUCACAUAGGAGUUCACCCACACUUGCCAUGCACAGAUUAAAAGUUUUAAUAAAGCUAUCUUAUACUUAAAUAUCGAUCAUGGUCGGUAUUAUAUAGGUUUGAGGAAAAUCGUAUAAUUACAGAAUCUGAAGUAUCAAAAUAUAAUGAUUGAUUAGUGGUUUUGGUCAGUUACUGUUAAUUGCUCCCGAUAUUGUUAAUUUCAUUCAGACUCUUUGAGUUCUAUUUA